AUGCUUACCGCCACACCAAGAGUAUCUGCCACAGGGCGGACACUCGCCAAGCUGUUGCGACCUGCUGCCGUUGAAACCGGUGCACUUCGACCCGUCGCGUCGGCACUUCCACGAUGCUUCGGUACCUCUGCUUCUGUUGCUUCGAUCAACACGACGCACCUCACUCCGCACACCAUCUGCGCCUCGCGUUUUCGUCGACGCCAAGGACGUUUUGCGCCUGGUCGAGGCUUGGCUACCGUCGUCCGCUCUGAUCUCUAUGCCAGUAUCACUUCGGCCGACGUCGAGGCAUUCGCCAAAAUCGUUCCUUCUCCCUCGCAGAUUCUCACAACAGUUGCGCCCGAAGCCGGGUCUGCUGCUUCGUACCAGACGGUCGACCCGAACGAGCUCGACACAUUCAAUAAUGACUGGAUGAACAAGUACCACGGCAAAUCCCGAUUGGUGCUCAAGCCCAAGACGACAAAGGAAGUCUCCAAGAUCAUGAAGUACUGUCAUAGCAACAACAUUGCCGUCGUUCCGCAGGGUGGAAACACGGGUCUUGUUGGAGGUGGUGUGCCCGUCUUUGACGAGGUCGUACUUCAGCUUGGUGGUCUCAACCAGAUUCGUUCGUUUGACGAGGUUGCAGGUACGCUCGUCUGCGAUGCAGGCUGCAUCCUCGAGAGCUUGGACAAUUACAUUGCUGAAAAGGGAUACAUGAUGCCACUCGACCUGGGAGCAAAGGGCUCGUGUCACAUUGGAGGCAACGUGGCCACCAAUGCUGGUGGUCUCCGAUUCUUGCGCUACGGCAGCUUGCACGGCAACGUGCUCGGUCUCGAGGUCGUCCUCCCUGACGGAACCAUCAUGGACAACUUGUCGACCCUCCGCAAGGACAACACCGGCUUUGAUCUUAAGCAGCUUUUCAUCGGCUCCGAGGGAACCAUUGGUGUCAUCACAGGUGUCUCGAUCAUCACUCCCCGUCGACCGUCGGCUGUCAACGUGGCCGUGUUUGCGCUCGACUCGUACGAAGCGGUGCAGACAGUCUUUGGACAAGUUAAGAAGCACUGCGGUGAGAUUUUAUCCGCAUUCGAGUUCUUCGAUCAAACCUCAUUCGACGUUGUUCAAAAGCACGCCACCGCACAUGUACGUGACCCCUUUGAGGCUCGCCACCCGUUCUACGUGCUCAUCGAGACCAGCGGGUCCAACAAAGACCACGACGAUGAGAAGCUCCAAGUUCUCCUUGAGCAUCUUAUGGAAGAAGGCAUGAUUCAGGACGGCGUACUCGCUCAAGACGAGACACAACUGCAGGGCCUCUGGGCUCUACGCGAGAGCAUCCCCGAAGCAGCUGGAAAGAUGGGCAAAGUGUUCAAGUACGACCUUUCGAUGCCGAUCGAUAAGAUGUACAAGCUAGUGCUCGAUAUGCGUCAGCGCUUUGAAGAGCACGGCAUCCACGGCCAAGAUAAAGAUGUUGGCGCCGUGUGCGGCUACGGCCACAUUGGUGAUGGAAAUCUGCACAUCAACAUUGUGGCCAAAUCGUACGAUGAAAAAAUCGAGAACAUCAUCGAGCCAUACAUUUACGAGUGGACUUCGCAAGUCAAAGGCUCGGUCAGCGCAGAGCAUGGCUUAGGACUGAUGAAGGCAACCAAGAUCGGAUACUCAAAGACACCGGAGAGCAUUGAAUACAUGAAGAAGAUCAAGCAUCUCUUCGAUCCAAAAGGCAUCUUGAACCCCUACAAGUACAUCCAGAUUUAG